CCCUCAAAGGGCGGCGGCCAGCAUCAACAGCAGCAGCAGUGUUUCCUCGACGACAACUCCAACCAGAUCCACCUGGGCGGCAGCAGUAGCGACGGGAAUGGCCACGGCGGCGCCGGCUGCGACAGUGACUUUGUCCGGAAGGUUCAACAGCACCACCAGCAGCAGCAACGGAUAGCCGCGUCAUCGCAGCAUUUGCACCCGUUUUAUCAGAGUGCGAGCAUGAAUAGUAAUAGUAACAGCAACCACAGCAGCGUCGGCGGCUACCCGAGCCAGUGUACGUCCCCGUACGGUGGCAACAACGGCCACGGCCACCACUCGCCGUCGCCCGGGGUCGGGGUUGGAGUUGGCGGCGUGCAUCCCCAGCAGCAGCAGCAGCAGCAUCAACAGCAGCAGCAACAGCACUACUGAGCUGCGGCAAAGGUAGAGAAAGGUAGUUGGUAGAAUCAAACAUUCAUCGUAGCUAAGUCGGAUUUUGUUUUUUUGAGGAGGGAGUGAAAGAGAGAGGGCAAACGAUGGGGUGAGUGCGACAGGUUUGCGCAGCCAAUGUGACAUCAUCCUAACUUAUUACAAAAAAAAACACAACAACACAGACAGACAGACUAUUGUACAUAGAACAGCAACAGGUAAAAAUCAACCGGAAAGGCCGAAGGAAGCGAGUUCUUCCUCCAGAGGGCGAAUCCGGCAUGUUUACUUUACUCUUUUUUUUUGUUUUCAAGAUAAGUGCAAUAAUUUGUUUUAAAUGCAUGUACUAUUUACUGUUCAUACAAGCUAGCAAGCAAAAAAUACAACAAAAUGAGAGCCAGUUCUUAAAGAAAUGUGUGGGGAAAGGACUUGGAUGAAUGAAAGAUCACAGAUCAGUCAAUUUCAUUGCAAACAUAAAACAAAACGUUCAAAUGGUAAGAUUAUUGUG